AUGGCUUCCACCAAAAUGAUCGUUCUCGCAAUAAUGGCGACACUCGUCUCCAUCAUUUCCUCCGCCGCCGCUGCCGAGGCUCCAGCUCCUAGUCCUGCUUCUCCAGCAACCGCUAUUGCACCACCGAUCGUCGCAGGUGUUGUUGCCGCUGUUGCUGCUUUUGCUUUUGGAUCUACUCUCCGGAUCUGA